CAGCGCCGCCGCGUCGCUCCCGGGGACGGGCGAGCCGGCGAGAAGAUGCUGAGCAGAUUGAUGAGCGGCAGCAGCAGGAGCCUGGAGCGCGAGUACAGCUGCACGGUGCGGCUGCUGGACGACAGCGAGUACACCUGCACCAUCCAGAGAGAUGCCAAAGGCCAGUACCUGUUUGACCUCCUUUGCCACCACCUGAACCUACUUGAGAAAGACUAUUUUGGGAUCCGCUUUGUGGACCCAGAUAAGCAGCGGCAUUGGUUGGAGUUUACAAAGUCUGUGGUGAAGCAACUGAGGUCCCAGCCUCCAUUCACCAUGUGCUUCCGUGUGAAAUUUUACCCUGCAGACCCUGCUGCCCUGAAAGAAGAAAUAACCAGGUAUUUAGUCUUCCUACAGAUCAAAAGGGAUCUCUACCACGGCCGCCUUCUCUGUAAGACAUCUGAUGCUGCCUUGUUAGCAGCGUACAUCCUUCAAGCGGAGAUUGGGGAUUAUGACCCAGGGAAACACCCUGAAGGCUACAGCUCCAAGUUCCAGUUUUUUCCUAAACAUUCAGAGAAGCUGGAAAAGAAAAUUGCUGAGAUUCACAAGACCGAGCUCAGUGGUCAGACACCAGCAACAUCUGAGCUGAACUUCUUAAGAAAAGCACAGACGCUGGAGACGUACGGAGUGGAUCCUCACCCGUGUAAGGAUGUGUCAGGAAAUGCUGCAUUUCUGGCCUUCACUCCUUUUGGGUUUGUUGUUCUUCAAGGAAACAAGAGGGUUCACUUCAUUAAAUGUAUCCUGUUUGCCUCUUUUACUGCAGCCAUUCACUGGGCUGGUGGCUUCAAGGAUUUUUCUACAAUAACCCCUAAGUCCCUUUCCUGGAAUGAGGUGACCAAGCUGAAAUUUGAAGGAAAGACUUUCUAUUUAUACGUAAGUCAGAAAGAGGAAAAAAAAAUUAUUCUCACAUAUUUUGCUCCAACUCCAGAAGCCUGCAAGCACCUCUGGAAAUGUGGCAUCGAGAACCAAGCCUUCUACAAGCUGGAGAAAUCAAGUCAAGUCCGCACGGUUUCCAGCAGCAAUUUAUUCUUCAAAGGGAGCCGGUUUCGAUACAGUGGCCGAGUUGCUAAGGAAGUCAUGGAGUCAAGUGCCAAGAUCAAACGGGAACCACCAGAAAUACAUAGAGCGGGGAUGGUUCCCAGCCGGAGCUGUCCCUCCAUAACCCAUGGCCCACGGCUGAGCAGCGUCCCCAGGACCCGCAGAAGAGCUGUUCACAUCUCCAUCAUGGAAGGCCUUGAGUCCCUGAGAGACAGUGCCCACUCCACUCCGGUGCGUUCCUCUUCCCAUGGGGACACCUUCCUGCCGCAUGUGAGAAGCAGCCGGGCAGACAGCAGUGAGCGCGUAGCUGUGAUCGCCGACGAGGCCUACAGCCCGGCAGACAGUGUGCUGCCCACCCCCGUGGCCGAGCACAGCCUGGAGCUGAUGCUGCUCUCGAGGCAGAUCAACGGAGCCACGUGCAGCAUCGAGGAGGAGAAGGAGUCGGAGGCCAGCACCCCAACCGCUGUAGAGGUGGAGGCCCUUGGAGGAGAGCUGAGGGCCCUGUGUCAGGGGCACAGCAGGCCCGAGGAGGAACAGAAAAUAGAACUGGAUGAACUAAGAGAUGCAAGAAACUGACCCUGAGAAAAGCAUCAGAAAAUAGAAUACCAAGAACAGCCCUGGAUGGAACCAGGAAAAGAAUCUCUUUAAAUAGGAUUCCUAAGAGAUGCCUACACGACAGAAGGUGAAUACGACAUGGCAGAGACCAACACUUAGCUGUAGACAUGCGGCCCCUAGUGUCACCCCAGGGCUCUGGGAAAGCACUGCCCCAAGUCACAGAAGCACAGGCACACCAAAGGUGAGUGUGAGGCCCGAGGCCCAGCAGCGCCCCGCCCCACCCCCUUCAAACCUAUCGCACACAAGAUCUUGUUUUCAUCUCAGGGAGAGAUCUCUAAGUCACCUGGGGCCCCAGGACUUACCUAAGGCCAGUCCGUGGACAUACUCCUGGGAUCUGCACAGUGGAGCAAGCUGUUGGCAUCUUAGGAUGUUGGGCAAUCCCAGAUACAGAACCAGCUGGGUCAUAUGUUUGAUCUCUUCUGUCACCUGAGGUGGUAGGACCACAUCUGUUUCAGAAUAUAGCAGCCAUGGGAAAAAUCAGGGUUUAGGGAGGUAGCAAGAAAUGGAUUUCCAUAAUUUUAAAGAAGAUGCCUUUCUCAUCCAGCCUAGAAAUCAGCAAACUUCUGAAAAAUGUCAGAUUACAUUUUAACUUGGUUUUGUGGACAACCACUGCACAAAAACAGCCACAGAUAGUACAUAUAUGAAGGAGCAUGUAUUUUAUAAAACCCACAGGGCUAGGGGUAUAGCUCAGUGUUGACCUAACGUGAGCAAGGCCCCGGGUUCAGUCCCCACCGUCACAUAAAACGGAGCGGUGGCGCACACCUGUGACUCCAGGUGCACUUGGGCAGAAGAGGCAGAAGGACCAGAGGCUCAAAACCACCCCAGCUAUAUACUGAGACCCUGUCUCAAAAGACCAGCAUGCUGAAGUUGGCUCCCAGGCCAUAAUAUGCCACCCUGGAUCUAGACAAUGCAACUGACCAACAUGUUAGAAGAGGGUUGGCUCUGCUCCAAUCCUUGUCCUGUAUGAGAGACCCAGAACCACUUCCCAGGAGGGACACCAGGGUGGUUUGUUUACAAGGGUACUCCAACAACCAACCAGCAGAGACAUCUAGUGCCAAGACGAGAGAGACCAAGUACUGGGAUUACUAAAGUGAGAAUCUGAGAAACAAUUUGGACAGAAUUAAAACAUACCACAUGACAAGACAAGAGGGACAGCCUAAUAAAAGUUAGGGAUGCUUUAUUAAAAGCAACUAGUCAAUGCCAGUUGUCAUCUGCAUAGUGAAGGCUUUACUUGACACAGGACUGAUGUGAACAGUUCACUCAGAGAUAAAAGGCUGUCAGGAAACAAGGGGCUGGUGUAAACCUGGACUUCUACUACUGUCGUAUGCAGAUCACCUUCUAGGGUCCUGCUCCUGCCUCAGUCUGUAGAACCAUGUCUAUGCAGUGAGUUGUAGCCUUGUCCCUGACCUUUCACACCCACAAGGAGAGACAGGGAGCUGCCAAUGUCUGAGUCUUUACUCACCCCCAGUUCUGUGGAGUCGUCCAUUCCACUCUCUACAGCAAACCAAGACCUUUAGGUUGUUUUUCUUCCAAGGUUUACCCCAGAAAAUAUGAACAGAAAACUUUCCUUCAAUUUGGUUUUCAAUAGUGCUUGACUAACAAACUCCCUUUGUUGGUGACUUAGUCUUUUUCAGGAUUUCCCCAUCGUUAAAAAUUGUUCAAGUUUUUCAUCUGGUUUUACUGUGCUCUAUGUCACUCAUUUCUCAAAAUUAGUCUCACUGUAGAAAAAGCAAUGGCUUGCAUAAGAUCGUCUGUCAGAGGAAAGACCUCCUGCUGAAGAACAGUGUACUGCAGCUUUAAGCAGUGGAGGGUAAACUACCUGCAAAUGUGAAUUUCUUAGAUUCAUUUAAAAAUAUAUAGUUGUUAACCUUUUGUGUGCCAAAAACUCUUAUGUCACAUUUUCCUUCAAAGCAAUGUACUUUUUUCUACAUAUGCAGUAUGUAGUUAGCAUAAAAUCAUUGGUGCCAUGAAAAUUAUUUUUAAACUUAAAUAAAAUUUAAAUGCCAUGAAA